AUGGAAUCUGACCUUCAUCAAGUAAUUAAGGCGAACGAUGACCUUACACCUGAGCACUUCCAAUUCUUCCUCUAUCAGCUGCUGAGAGCUCUGAAGUACAUCCACACAGCCAACGUGUUCCACCGAGACUUGAAGCCGAAGAACAUCCUGGCGAACGCUGACUGUAAACUAAAAAUAUGCGACUUUGGCUUGGCUAGGGUUGCUUUCAGCGAUGCGCCAACGGCCAUUUUCUGGACGGAUUACGUGGCCACGAGAUGGUACAGAGCCCCUGAACUGUGUGGCUCUUUCUUCUCCAAGUACACUCCCGCCAUUGACAUCUGGAGCAUAGGGUGCAUCUUCGCCGAGCUUCUGACUGGGAAACCGUUGUUCCCUGGGAAGAAUGUGGUUCACCAACUCGAGCUCAUGACCGACCUUCUGGGAACGCCUUCACCAGAGUCGAUCGCCAAGGUUCGAAACGAAAAGGCACGGAGAUAUCUUGGGAGCAUGCGGAAGAAGCAACCAAUGCCAUUGUCGGCGAAGUGCCCGAACGCGGACCCGCUUGCUGUGAAGCUGAUGGAGAAGAUGCUCGCAUUUGAUCCGUCACACAGGCCGACUGCCGAGGAGGCUCUUGCCGACCCUUACUUCAAGGGCCUGGCCAAGGUUGAAAGAGAACCUGCGGCUCAACCCAUCACCAAGGUGGAAUUUGAGUUUGAGAGGCGAAGACUGAACAUGGACGAUGUCAGAGAGCUCAUCUACCGCGAGAUUCUGGAGUAUCAUCCUCAGAUGCUGAAGGACUUCCUCAACGGGACGGAUCCUGGAAACUUCUUGUAUCCAAGUGCUGUGGACCAGUUCCGACGUCAGUUCCACACCCUAGAAGAGCAUUAUGGCAAGGCGGGCGACGCACCGUCGCUGGAGCGCCAGCAUGCCUCCCUCCCAAGGGAACGCGUUGCUGGUGAGAGGAAUGAACCACGGGAUGAGGCUCAGUUGGAAGAGGAGAGGAGACGAAGAGCAGCAAGGCAGCAAAGGGCAUGGGCACAAUCAGGAUACAAGGCUGGAGUGGGGCAGCCUGCAGCGCGCCCUGGCAGGGUAGUGGGGUCCAGUGGAGGAGCAAUGAACGGUGCACAGAGAGACGAUGUGCGGCGGUACGCUCGCACAGCAGCACUGAGUGCGCAGUCCCCGUUUCACAUCGGCAGCCAACUAGAAGACUCCACCAGGAAACCAGCGAGGCAGGAGGCAGGAGCUAGAUAA